UAAAGGGAAAAGAGGAUAGUAUUGGAAAUAAAGGAGGUUUGCAGCUUCUUGUUUAAUUUUCUGCUUCUUUCUUGAACAGGGAAAUGAAGACCCCAUGAAGUCACCUUCGGCAUGAGAAGAAAACAUCAGCAUCUAGUGGAUAUUUCGGAGUUUGGAAACCAACACGCAAUAACGAAAGACAUCCCAUCGGAAGAAGAAACCCUCUCGAGGUGCUGCUCUUGUGGAACUCACUUUUGAUCAGAAAGAAAAAGGGAAGACUGAAGUGUCCAUAUUGCAAUUAAUUGUAUACAUAACUGCCAACAUGGAGAAGAAACCCCAUACAUGUCUUGAGUGUGGAAAGAGCUUCACUCAGGGUGGAAGUCUACGUUCACAUCAACGGAUUCACAGUGGGGAGAAACCCUAUAAAUGCCAGGAAUGUGGACAGAGCUUUACUGAGAGUGGACAUCUACGUAAACAUCAAAGGAUUCACACUGGAGAGAAACCCUAUAAAUGCCCAGAGUGUGGAAUGUGCUUCAGUCAUAGUUCAAUUCUGAAGAAUCAUAAAAGGAUUCACACUGGAGAGAAACCCUUUAAAUGCCCAGAGUGUGGAAAGAGCUUCACUCAUAGUUCAGGUUUGUAUAAUCAUCAAAGGAUUCACACUGGAGAGAAACCCUAUACAUGCUUGGAGUGUGGACACAGUUUCGCUAAGAGUACAAGUCUACUUUCGCAUCAAAUGACUCACACUGGGGACAAACCAUUUAAAUGCCUAGAAUGUGGUCAGUGCUUUACUAGGAGUGGAAAUCUACGUUCCCAUCAAAGGACUCACACUGGAGAGAAACCCUAUACAUGCCCAGAAUGUGGAAAGUGCUUCAAUCAUAGUUCAAGUCUGCAUAAACAUCAAAGGAUUCACAGUGGGGAGAAACCCUAUACAUGCCUGGAGUGUGGACAAAGCUUCGCUCAGACUUCAACUCUACAUUCACAUGAAAGGACUCACACUGGGGAGAAACCCUAUAAAUGCCUGGAAUGUGGAGAGAGCUUCAUUCAGAAAGGAGCUCUACAUUCACAUCAAAGGACUCACACUGGGGAGAAACCCUAUAAAUGCCUGGAAUGUGGAGAGAGCUUCACCGAGAGUGGAACUCUAUGUUCACAUCAAAAGACACACAUUGAGGAGAAACCCUUUAAAUGCCCAGAGAGCGAAAAGAGCUUCCCUCAUAGUUCAAGUGUGCAUAAACAUCAAAUAAUUCACAGUGGGGAGAAACCCUAUAAAUGCCCGGAGUGUGGACAAAGCUUCACUCAGAUUUCAACUCUGCAUUCACAUCAAAGAACUCACACUGGGGAGAAACCCUAUAAAUGCAUGGAAUGCGGAGAGAACUUCACUGAGAGUGGAGAUCUACUAAGACAUCAGCGGACUCACGCUGGGGAGAAACGUGAUAAAUGCCUGGAAUGUGGACAGAGCUUCACUGAAAAUGCAACUCUAUGUUCACAUCAAAGGACUCACAUUGAAGAGAAACCCUUUAAAUGCCCAGAGUGCGAAAAGAGCUUCACUCAUAGUUCAAGUCUGUAUAAUCAUCAAAAGAUUCACACUGGGGAGAAACCCUAUACAUGCCUGGAGUGUGGUCAGAGCUUCACUAAGAGUUCAAGUCUACUUUCGCAUCAAAGGACUCACACUGGGGAGAAACCCUUUAAAUGCCUAGAAUGUGGACAGAGAUUCACUGAGAGUGGAGCUCUGCGUUCACAUGAAAGGACUCACACUGGGGUGAAACCCUAUAAAUGCCUGGAGUGUGGACAGACCUUCGCUCGGACUGGAAAUCUACGUAGACAUCAAAGAACUCACACUGGGGAGAAACCCUAUAAAUGCCCAGAAUGUGGAAAGUUCUUCAGUCAUAGUUCAAGUCUGCAUAAACAUCAAAGGAUUCACACUGGGGAGAAACCCUAUUCAUGCCCGUAGUGUGGGCAGAGCUUCACUCGGAAACCCAAUCUACAUACUGGGAGAAACCUUAUAAAGGCCCGGAGUGUAGAAAGACUUUCAGUUCUAGUGCAAAUCUAUGUUCACAUCAUAGGACUCGCACUGGGGAGAAGUUUUAUAAAUACCUGGAGUGUGGACAGACCUUCACUCAGAGCAGACACCUAUGCAAACAAGAAAGGACUCACACUGGAGCAAAACCCUAUUCAUGCCCUUAGUGUGGACAGAGCUUCACUCAGAAUCCCAAGCUACAUAUACAUCAAAGGAUGCAAACUGGAAGAAACCUUAUAAGUGACUGCAGUGUAGAAAGACUACAGUUCUAGUGCAAACCUACAUUCACAUCAGAAGACUCACACUAGGGAGAAACUCUAUACAUGCCAGGAAUGCGGACACCGCUUCAAUGAAAACAGAGAUCUAAAGAGACAUCAUAGGACUCACACUGGGGAUAAAGCCCUAUAAAUGCCAGGAGUGUGGGCAGACCUUCACUAGGAGUGGGGAUUUAAAGAGACAUCAGAGGACUCACUGGGGAGUAAACCCUAUAAAAGCCAGGAGUGUGGACAGAGCUUUGCUCAUAGUGAAAGCCUAUGUUCACAUGAAAGAACUCACACUGGAGCAGAACCCUAUUCGUGCCUUUACUGUGGACAGAGCUUCACUCAGAAACCCAAUCUACAUACUGGUAGUAAAAUACAUCAAAGGAUGCAAACUGGGAAAUACCUUAUAAAUCCCUGCAGUGUAGAAAGACUUUCAGUUCUAGUGCAAAUCCAUGUUCACAUCACAGGACUCACACUGCGGAAAAGGCUUAUAAAUAGCUGGAGUGUGGACAGAGUUUCACUCAGAGGGGAAAUCUACAUUCACAUCAAAGGACUCACGCUGAGGGAAAACCCUACAAAUGCCUGGAGCGUGGAAAUAAUUUCACUUAUAGUGCAAGCCUACGUUCACAUCCUAGGACUCAGACUGGGGAGAACCCCUAUAGAUGCUUGGAUUGAUGACAAAGCUUCACUGAAAGUGGAAGUCUAUGUUCACACUACAGGACUCACACUGGGGAAAAACCAUCUACAUUCAUGGAAGGAAUAUGUUUCUUAAGAAUUCUGGAUGGUUUUCUAGAAAGAAGAUUUGAAAGAUUGCUAAACUAUAUGAUAUUUGCAGCACGAAUCCUAUAUCCUCAGAGAUAGAAGGAAGAAGAUAUCCCAAGUCAAGCGAACUGACUGAUGAAGAUGUGCAAAGUAGCAGAUACCAAGGAACUCAUGCUGUCGAUUUAGGAGAAAAAAAUGGUCACUUUCAAGAAACAGUGGGAUUUAAAUUCACUCAUUCCUGACCACAUGAGGCCUCCCUUCUCUUCGGAGGGGACGAGGGGGGACUCUGGCCUCAUGAGUGGCGUCCUGGCCGUUGGGAGGAAGGAAACUCCGCAUUCCAGGUGGACGAAGGGAGGAAACGGAGAUCAGUUGUUCUCUGAAAUUGUGGUGUGUUUCCAUGCUCAAUGUCCUUGGACUGUGAUGCAGCUCGUGACAUAGAGCCUGGUGAGAAUAUAUCCAGCCACAAGGAAAGGGGGGGAAGGAAGGGGCAGAGGGAGGGCGGUCUGCUUGGGAAGGAAGCCCGGAUUCUGUGAGACUAGAAAGACCUCUGGGGAGGGGGGGAGACCUGGUAUCCAGCGAGGACUCCCAGUUGGACGUGAGGCGGAGAAGAGCGGGCCAUACUGCAGACGUCUGUCAAAGACGCUUCCAUUUUGGGUGAGAAGCCCAACAGCUCAGGCCCUGGGAGAGAGGGAGGGCAGAGCCCCCUUCCUCUUUCCCUCCCUGGGGGUCCCAAAGGCCUAAGGAAUGGCAGGAAUGUGCUGGAUCUCUCAUGAAAAGGGAAAGAAAGAGGGGCCCAGAAGAAGGCCCUGGGUGAGCAGAGGUGGGUCUGAAUAUCAUCAGCCUUUAUCCCAUUUUGGGGGUUCAAACACAGCUGAAUUAAUCCAACAUUAUCUGCUUUGAACGGGAAUAUCUGGCAGUGUGAACUCAGCUAUCCCAGUUGUGGGAUUUUGUGCCUUGAUCUUCAGGGUUAGAUGGCUGUGUGAAAGGGCCCAGGGAAAGGCCCAGAAGGAAACCUCAUCCGUGGGGAGAAGAAGGCCUUCCUCCUCCUCCUCCUCCUGACCUUGCUGUGUCCAUUCCUCUCCAUUUCCUGCAUCUAGAAACCCACUGAGGAAGGAGGGAGGCUUUGAAGGGGGCCUUUGGGAGGAGAGAGGGAAGGGCUCCAAAGGAGGCUUUUGUUGGGAGAGGUCUCCUCCUGGGGACGGGGACAG